ACCCCGCCCCUCUCCCUGCUCAGUGUGGACACGAGAUGCAGCCGCCAAAGACUUGACCGAAGACAUUCGCCUUUAAGAGAAAAAAAGACGACGAAAAAAUAAUCGGCUUCCAACGACGCGAGCUGGCUCUUAGAGGGGAUUCGUUAGCGACUGACAUACAACUACUCUCGACUGACAGUCGAUGUUAACUUGCUCCCGCAGCAGUCCAAUGGUACAUCUCACAAAGAUCACUUGAGCUUUUGGUUAAAUGGACCGACACUUAUGAUGGCGGCGGGGAUUCCCCGGGUGGGAAGUGCCUGGGGGAAGUCAACAAGGGCAAAUCAAACUGCCACUGGAACGCAGCCAAGGCUAGUUGCGGAUUGAGGAGGAGCCUCCGAAUGUCUGGCCUUCGUCGACUGGGUCUUUCAAAGCGGUUACAGGCGAGUCUUGAAGGCGUAUUACGUGUGCUGCAACAUCGGUCAGCUGACUACCGGUCAUAUGAUAAACCUGGAAGUAAUUGUUUACACCGAAACUGUAGUCCUACAAGCACAAGUUCCACAAGCCACGCUAUAGCCAAGCAUGGACGCAAUCUAACGGACAGCAAUGAUUCCGCGUGUCUUCUUUGUCGUCCUUUUAUCAUUGGCGACAAUUUGGGAAGUUUGGAGUGAACCUCUUCUUCAAAGUCUGGACGGCCGAUGGAGCUUGUGGAACUCCAAUCGAUCCCUGUCGCUCCCUGCCCGGGUGCCAGGCUGCGUCCACUCGGCUUUGCUGCAGCGAGGCUUCAUCCAGGACCCAUACUUCAGGUUCAAUGACCUGGCCUAUCAGUGGAUCUCUCUGGACAACUGGACUUACGUGACCACAUUUGUUGUGUCCAACCAGAUGAGGUCCAAGGAUGAGGUGCUCCUUAUCUUCGACGGUGUGGACACGGUGGCGUCAGUCUGGCUCAAUGAUGUAUUUGUGGGCCGCACCGACAACAUGUUUCGCCAAUAUUUCUUCCUCGUGCGAGAGCUGCUGAAGGAGGAGGAGAACGUGCUGCGGCUGGAAUUUCUGUCUCCCGUCUUUUAUGCUAAUGAGAGGAGGAAAGCUCAUCCUGCCUACAGAGUUCCUCCUGAGUGUCCUCCGGAUGUUCAGAAGGGUCUGUGUCACGUCAAUUUCAUCAGGAAGGAGCAGAGCUCUUUCAGCUGGGACUGGGGCCCAUCCUUUCCCACCAUGGGCCUGUGGAAAGGAGUCCGGCUGGAAGCGUUUGAUGCAAUGCGGCUGGUCCAGUUUGCAGCUGUUCCUCUUUACAACAUGAGCCUCUCUCAGUGGACCCUUCAGAUCGAGCUCCUGAUGGAGGUGCUCUGGCCAACACAUGCCAAAAUCGCACUCGCCGUCCCCGAGCUGCACUCACAGCGGACGUGCCUCGCUCAGUUUCCUCCAGGGACAACCAAAAAAAUCUUCACCUUGCACGUCAACAUGAGUAGUCACGUCAGGCUGUGGUGGCCCAACGGUCUCGGCGAGCAACCUUCAUACCGCCUCCACGUCACAGUGUCGUCUCAGGAUGGAUUGUAUCUCCUGGACAGAGAGUCAAAGGUGUAUUUCCGCACAGUGGAGCUCAUUCAGGAGCCCAUCGCCGGCUCUCCUGGCCUGAGUUUUUAUUUCCGCAUCAACGGGAAGCCAGUUUUCCUCAAAGGCUCCAACUGGAUCCCAGCACACGCCUUCCAGGACCAGAUCACACCUGAUGUCUUGAGGAACUUGCUGCAAUCAGCCGUGGACGUCAACAUGAACACUCUGCGAGUUUGGGGAGGAGGAGUUUAUGAACAAAAUGUCUUCUACAGUAUGUGUGACGAGAUGGGAAUCAUGGUGUGGCAGGAUUUCAUGUUUGCUUGUGCAACAUAUCCAACAGAGGACGACUUCAUUGGCACCGUAAGAGAAGAAGUCAUCCAACAGGUUUGGCGUUUGAAGUCUCACCCGUCCAUAAUUAUUUGGAGCGCAAACAAUGAAAACGAAGCAGCGCUGGCGACAGACUGGUUCAACAUCCCGCCCUCGCAGAGGCCGACAUACCUGAAGGACUACGUGACGCUGUACGUGGACAACAUCAUGGCUGUGGUCAAGGAGGAGGAUCCCAGUCGUACUUUCCUGGUCUCUAGUCCGACAAACGGGGCAGAGUCGGAGCAAGAGGGCUACGUGGCGGCCAAUCCCUACGACCCACACUAUGGCGACACCCACUUUUACAGCUACCUCAACGACUGCUUGGACUGGAAGACUUUCCCUCGGACACGCUUUGCCUCCGAGUACGGCUUCCAGUCCUGGCCUUCUUUCUCCACACUGCAGUCGGUUUCCAUUCCAGAAGACUGGAGCUACAGCAGCAGCUUCUCUUCACACCGUCAGCACCACCUGGAUGGCAACCAGCAGAUGUUACAGCAGGCCGCCAUACACUUCCACCUGCCCAACUCCACUGAUCCCCUCCGGAGCUUUAAGGAUACGCUCUACCUGACGCAGGUGAUGCAGGCUCAGUGCGUAAAGACUCAGACUGACUUUUACCGUCGAAGCCGCAGCGAGAUCAUAGACGGUAAAGGCCACACCAUGGGUGCCCUCUACUGGCAGCUCAAUGAUGUUUGGCAGGCGCCCUCUUGGUCCUCGAUUGAGUUUGGCGGGAAGUGGAAAAUGCUGCAUUAUUUCGCUCAGGACUUCUUCGCCGACAUUCUGCCUGUUAGCUUCGAGGAUAGCGACACGCUGUUCAUCUACGCCGUGUCGGAUCUAAGUCAAGACAUAAAAGUCAGAGCUGUGGUAUACGUUUACAAGUGGAGCGACCCGGAUCCUGUUUGCACCCUACAAUCUAAGCUGCUUCUGGUACCGGGAGGCAGCGCAAUGACCGUGUUUCAACAGCCAGUCACCACCCUGCUCGCAGGAUGCGGUCACUGCACCCGCCUCAACUGCCUCCUCACCUUCAUGUUGGAGGACAGCAUGGGGCGGCAGCAGGGGCCCUCCAACCACCACUUCCUGUGCUCGCCCAAGGAUGCUCAGGGCCUCCGGCGGCCCAACAUCACGGCCAAAGUGCAGGAAGAUAAGGAAGGAUUGGUUGUCCAGCUCCACUCCUCCGCCAUUGCUCCUUUCGUGUGGCUUGACGCUGGAAAUAUUCCCGGGCGCUUCGGCUCCAACGGCUUCCUGAUGCUUUCCAGGAACCGGACGGUGGUUUUUCACACAUGGCGACCCACCAGCGUGACAGAACUUUCUAGAUCCCUCACUGUCACGUCUUUGAGUGACGUUUAUUCGCCUUGAUCCACUCAGUGAAGAGAUGGGAUAACUCGUCCCAUCCUGGAGCCUUACUUGACUUUAAGUCGCCACCUAGUGGCUGUGGGCAGGCAUUGUCCUUUAUAAGAAAUACGGUUUGCAAAUUUUUUGUGUUACCAUGAGGGUGGCAAAAUAACUUAAGUUAUACCAUUUUGGGCUCUCUUAAAUUAGUACAAAACACAAUGGUGGGGAACAGAAAGGGGCGGGGCUAGAGACUACUUAGUUCAUGUCUCCUCCGCUUUUUAUACGAUAUGCAUUACACAAUCCCAGUAUAAGUCAUUGUACUGUACAGUAUUCGCUUCCCACAUCGCGGUUCGAAUUUCGCGGCUUCACUCAAUGAGAAGAUGAGGCCUAUAUGCAUGUUCUGUGUGCGUGUGCAUGUGCAUGCAUCUGCAUAUAUGUGUACAGUGUGUAAAAUGAUUUGAAUGUGUGUGUGUGAAAGUAUGCUACUACAAACAUACUGUAUGUCAUAGACUGCACUGCAUAAAGCCAGGUUCAGUCUCGCCACCUCAAUUAGACAACACACACGCAUGCACACAGCCAUGCAUAGACCUCAUUGUUUCCCAUACCUUCAUUUAUUCAUGGUGGUCUACUGUACUACUUUAGUGAGCAAUCAGAGAGCUGUAGAUACUCUUUUUAAAUCAUUUUCUAUCAUUGAGCGCAAAGUGGAGCCGCAAGCUCCUCCCUCGCUCCUGCAAAAAAAACACAUCAAGUCGCGACAGCAGAGCAGCAUGUUUGCUUUGCUUUUCAUGGUGAUCAUGACAUUUUGCAAGUGUUUCUUGGCCAGCUGGGUUGUCAUGGACAUUACGUCAUUAAGCCCCGCCCCCCACCGGAACCUACCACAGUAACAAAGUCCAAUUGUCCACUUUAAUUCUAAACAGUAAAUAUGACAAAUUGGACAAGUUUUCAACAAAAUGAAACCUUGAAAUUAGAAAAUGAAUAUUUAUAUUGUCUAAUUACAAUGUGUUAUAACGGCAGUCAAAGCAACUCUUUUGUCCUCUAGGUACCCGGAAGGGUGGGAAAUUUGGCCUGGGCAUCUGGUUGACCGAGGAACUUUAAAUUUGAAUUUUAUGAUUUUUCAUGAAAAAACAUCAAAUAAAUUGCUAUAUGGAGUAACACAAUAACCAAAAACAAGGAAAAAUGUACCUGCAAAGGCAAAAAAGUCCGAGGGGACCCCAGAGGGUUAAUAUCCACUAAACCGCUGCUUAAUCUGAAAACACACUUCAUGCUUUUUUUAAUGUACUGUGUCCUACUUGUUGAGCGAUGUGGGGAAUUAUCGCCUCCCUCUGUGGUUUAUGUGCACCAGCAAGCGUUGAAGGGGGCCUGGCGCAGGGCACUAUUUAAGAUAGCUGCUCGGUUUACCUCUAAACUCAAAGUCUGAAUUAUACGACAGAGAGUAUACUACCUUCUGACCUUUCUUCUGACGACGUCUGGAUCCAUUGACGGCGCUUUGGCCAGGAGCGAGUGCUAGGCAUGCAAUUCUCCGCCAAAACACUAGGGGUAGUGUUUUCCUGAGUGGCUCUUAUUUUUCCCCCUCUGACUAGCUAGUUAGCUUCCGGUGUCCUAGUACAAUGGCGAUAGAAUUGACAUCCACAUAAAACUGACGUAUUUUCUUGGUGCUCAUAUUUGAGAACUUUUGCGCUCAGACUCUCAACUUCCAGUCCAUUAUUUCUUUUGUUAUGGCGGAGUUUUGGCGCUUCAGCGAGAGGGACGAACCGGAAAUGAUGUGCGACGAACAGCCGACCAAUCACAGCCACGGGUAGGAUUAAAUAAACUUUGCUUCUUCCUACUCCUUUUUGGACAUGUGGAACUGUGAAUUGUACUAUGUGAUGUACUCCAGUGUAAGUUGUAUGCAUGUUCAAAAUGAAUUAAACCCCUACCAGCUCUGCGGUCCGAGUC